AUGGACGACCUCUCUCUAGAGAGAAUCGAUAUCUCUGGUCCAACAUUGGCGUCGCUCAUUCAACGUGUGUCCUCCUCUCCCGGUGACGUCGAUGGCUUGAUCUUCGGCCAAAUCCACCGCAUCGUUCCUUCAAAUCUAUCCGACGAUUCUCCGGCGGAUUCGGUAGCCUCGAGCUCCUCCUCCUCCUCUGGUCAACUCGUCGCCACCGUCACAAGCUUUCUCUGCUCCGGUAAGACUGUCUCCUUCUAUGAUCCGAUUGGCCGAGUUGACUCACGUCGGAUCAGCUCCCUCGGAGUCGACUCGCCGGACCGGCUAAUUGGCUGGUUCUCCGCCCGAAGGAAAACCGCUAAUCGUCCUUCCAUGCGGGAGCUAGCCGUAACGUCGUCUCUCUCGUCCCAAUUUCAACUACCGAUCGAGGACUUGGAAAACCCUAACUCGCCGGCGAACAUGGCUUCCUCCGUAUUCUUCCUUCUUACGACGCCAUCGACAGAGCAGCUAAUCCACACGCACGAGUACCGCGCGUACCAAUUCCGAUCCUCGAACCGGCGGGUCGAGCCGAGAUCCGUUGCCAUAGUCAACAUCGGGCCGGCGUUUCGCGGCCAUUACGGUACGUUCAGUCCGAAAUCAGGAUUUCCACCGCUGAUCUACGAUUUGAGAAGCUCAGCGAUGAACGAGGAUCGCGACGAAGGGUCCUUGAGCGCGAAGAAACAAGCGUUGAGUGAUCAGAAGGAAAUCGAUGCGUUAGCAGAGGGGUUACAAGUGGGAUACUUGAAACGUUUGGUUGGAGCUGAAGCUGCGAAUUAUACAGGCGGGAUUGAAGAAAUGUAUGAGAGAAUGCUGGCGAAAGUCGAGAGCUUGGCUUCGGAGGUUGAGCAGAGCUCAGCUAAAGUAUUUGAGCAGGAUAAUCGUAAUAGGAAGUUGAGAUACAGAAUUGCCAGAAUUGGGCGAUGA